CAGCUGCAGCUCCGCCUCGCAUCUGGGUCACAAGCCGCGUCAGAGUCUUUGCGUGGAUGGGAUGGUCCGAUCGGGAGUUUCCUGCGCCGGGAGUGCGGUGAAUCCGAGUAAUCUGGGCGCAGGGAAUCGGGUCGUCGAGGCGCCUUGGGGAAAGUCGUCUGGAGACCAUGGAGAGGCUCAUGAAAAGUGACCAUUUCCGAUGACACCCUCUCUUUCACUGCACCCAUGCUCUCGAGAAACUUCCAAGAUGUCAUUAUGACUGGACCCCCAGUGAAUUGGCCUGAAUUAUUGUAAGUCCUGUCAUGGCAGGGAGAAACCAGGGGUGCCAGGAUCGAUGGUACCAAAUGGCCCAGAAGAGAUUGCCAGUGCUAAGAUGGCUUCCCCGGUAUUCUCUGCAGUGGCUGCAAUUCGAUAUCAUUGCUGGACUCACUGUGGGGCUGACUGUCGUGCCGCAAGCUCUCGCCUACGCUGAGGUGGCAGGCCUCCCGAUGCAGUAUGGCCUCUAUUCUUCCUUCGUGGGCUGCUUCAUCUACUGUCUCUUGGGGACUGCAAAGGAUGUGACACUGGGCCCUACAGCUAUCAUGUCACUACUGGUUUCUUCCUAUGCAUUCCAUGACCCUGCUUAUGCUAUACUGCUUACGUUCCUCUCAGGCUGCAUCCAGUUAGUCAUGGGGCUCCUACAUCUUGGUUUCCUCCUAGACUUCAUCUCAUACCCUGUCAUCAGAGGGUUCACUUCAGCUGCUGCAGUGACCAUUGGAUUCAACCAGGUCAAGGCACUCCUUGGCUUGCGGAAUGUUCCACAGCAGUUUUUCCUGCAGGUGUAUUACACCUUCUCCAAAAUUGGAGAGACAAGAGCGGGGGAUGCCAUUCUUGGGCUGAUCUGCCUGACCAUGCUUAUAGGACUGCACCAAAUGAAAAACCACAUCCCCAGGGUAUACCAGAUGGAAAGGUUGUCUGUUAGGAUCGGCCGGCUGAUUGUCUGGGUAACAGCAACAGCCCGUAAUGCUCUGGUGGUCCUCUUUGCUAGUUUGGUGGCCUACUCCUUCCAAGUGACAGGCUCCCAGCCAUUCACUCUCACAGGGACAAUUCCUCAAGGACUCCCCCCUUUCCAGUCACCCCCAUUCUCCAAAGUGACAGCCAAUGAGACAGUCCACUUUGGAGAGAUGGUGCAGGCAAUGGGAACUGGCUUAGCUGUGGUGCCACUCAUGGGUCUACUGGAGACGGUUGCGAUUGCCAAGGCAUUUGCUUCUCAAAAUAACUAUCAAAUUGACCCUGAUCAGGAGCUGUUAGCCAUGGGUUUCACUAAUCUCUUUGGAUCGUUUGUCUCAUCCUAUCCUGUCACAGGUAGCUUUGGCCGGACAGCAGUGAAUGCACAGACUGGGGUAUGCAGCCCUGCAGGAGGACUAAUCACAGGGGCUCUGGUACUGCUGUCUCUUGCUUACCUUACUUCUCUCUUCUACUACAUCCCCAAAGCGGCUCUGGCAGCUGUCAUCAUCUGUGCUGUGGCUCCUAUGUUUGACGCCAGGAUCUUCUGCACAUUAUGGCAGGUUAAAAGACUGGACCUGGUGCCACUAUGUGUGACGUUCUUGCUCUGCUUCUGGGAGAUGCAGUAUGGUAUCAUGGCAGGUGUGCUGGUUUCGGCAAUUCUUCUGCUCUACCCUAUUGCCAGGCCAAAGAUAAAGGUCUCUGAACAUGAGAUGAUACUGUUACAGCCUGCCAGUGGCCUGCAUUUUCCAGCCAUUGAGUUCCUCCGUGACACUGUGCACAAACAAGCUCUAUCAGAGUCUCCAGUGCGCACUGUCAUCCUGGACUGUACCCAUGUCAAUAACAUUGAUUAUACGGUGGUGAAGGGGCUGUCAGACCUACUUCAGGAAUUCCGGUGUAAGAGAACCUCCCUGAUCUUCAUUAAUGUGCAGGCUCACGUGCUCCAAGUUCUGCUAGCUGCUGAUCUGGAAGGCUUCUAUAACUUUUCCAACCUGGAGGAUGCAGAGAGGAGUUGUGAAGAGGAGCUGCACAGAGCCCGUGAAGCUUUGUUUGAUGGCAGCGAUAGCAUACUGCCAACAUCUGGGAUCAUUCAGUGAGGAUGCAGUACUGUUAAUGACUAUGUACAAAUUCCCAAACUAAGCCUGGAGACAGAUUUCAGAUACCCUGUUGAUCUGUAUUGUUGAUCUAUAUUGUCUGUGCAUUUUAAGCAUCGUGCUGGAAUUCAGAAGUGGCUCAGCAGCUGGAAUUGUUCACUGUGAACACUUUAAGAAAGGAAGAGGAAACUUCUCUGAAGAUGACUACACCAGCGUGGUGUCGUGGUUAAGAGCAGGUGCACUCUAAUCUGGAGAACUGAGUUUGGUUCCCGGCUCUCCACUUGAGCGGUGGAGGCUU